AUUUACUUGAUCUGGAUCUGAGCAGAUCUGAGUUUGGAUUAGUUUGGUUUUAGUGUUGAUAGAGUCUUCCUGUGGUAAAUCACGUUUAUAUCACGUUUAUUUACUUAAUAUUUUAUUGCAUUUAAAACAUGACUACUCUUAGGCCUUUCACAUGCAACGAUUUAUUUAAAUUUAACAAUGUAAAUUUAGAUCCACUUACGGAGACAUAUGGACUUUCUUUUUAUACACACUAUCUAGCACAUUGGCCAGAGUAUUUUCAAGUAGCUGAAUCGCCAAGUGGAGAAAUUAUGGGUUAUAUUAUGGGUAAGGCAGAAGGGCAAGGGGAGAACUGGCAUGGUCAUAUAACAGCUCUUACAGUUUCUCCUAAUUAUAGGAGAUUAGGUUUGGCUGCAAUGUUAAUAGAAUUUUUAGAGAAGGUUUCAGAAAAAAAGCAAGCAUAUUUUGUAGAUCUCUUUGUAAGAGUUAGUAAUAAGGUGGCAAUCAAAAUGUAUCAACAGUUAGGAUAUAUUGUUUAUAGGACUGUUUUAGAAUAUUAUACUGGAAACCCAGAUGAAGAUGCUUUUGACAUGAGAAAGGCUCUUUCAAGAGAUGUAAAGAAAAAAUCAGUAAUACCAUUAACUCAUCCUGUAAGACCUGAAGAAAUAGACUGAAUCUAUAUUAUGAUUAUGUAUAUUGGAUUUAAUGUACAAGGAUUUAAUCUAAAAUAAAUGAUAGAAUUAUGAGA